AUGACACAAUUUUUACCUCCCCAUCUUUUUUCUUUAUUUUUUCCAAGACCACCUAUAUCAUAUUUACAUCCUGUAAGUUCAUUAAUUGUUGAAAGGGAACCAAUAAAAUAUACUGGAGUUGCUCAAUAUUUAUCAUUAUUUGAAGAUCCAAAAGAUACUCCACCAAAGGUUAUUGUUAAAACAAAAGCUGAAAUAAGGGCAGAAAAAUUGAAACAAAAAGAAGAAUUGUUAGCAUUUAAACUGGAGAGAGAGAUAGCAAAUUAUCAACUUAGAGAUACGAAUUGUCUUAUGAAACAACGGAAACAAAAUUACGAAGAGUAUUUAACACGUAAUGAAAAACCUAGAGGUUAUGCUUUUAUUGAAUAUUCAAGAAAAAGUGAGAUGUCAUGUGCAUACAAAGAAGCCGAUGGGAUUAGAAUUGAUAGAAAAAGAGUUCUUGUAGAUUAUGAAAGAGGAAGAACAAGAAAAGACUGGCUUCCUAGAAGAUUAGGGGGAGGAAAGGGUAGGACACGUGCUCUUGAAACUUCCCGUCGUUACACCUAA